UAGGAGGUCUGUUGUUUUAUAUCGUGUAAUACACAGAGGACUGCUUCAUUUUAACGGAAUUACCUUUCUAAUAUAUAUUGUAAACGUUUUAAGUUGUCAAAGAAGAAAGAGAUAUAUAUUGGACAUUUCCUUGUGCUGAUUAAACAAACCAUGUGUUUUAUGUAUGUUUAAACGACAAUAAAAGGUAAUCAGAUUUAUAUUAGAAUAUGGAAUACAAUAAAAUGUUCUCGUCCGUGGACUCUUCAAGAAGUUUCAACAGGCGGCACUCAUAUUACGCGGAGUAUGCUGACAUUAAACGAAGAUUAAGUUUGGAUAGCUCUAAAGAAAGAAAAGAAAAAGAGAUAUAUGACAAAUAUAAAAAGGAAUUAAUUGACAAGCAAAAACGGGAAUUACGAACAGGACGUAGAAAAUUGCCAACACUUUUGACUAACAGUUAUUUUCUUGCUUUGGAGAGUGUAACAGAAGAGCGCGAAAUGUCGCGUUCUCAGUCGUCUGCUGCAAACUUGUCACGUGGUACCUCACCUGAUAGAAAGCAUAUGCAAUCUGCAGCGACAGUCAAAGUUGCUGCAUCAACAUUUAGGAGGCUCCUUUCAAAAAAGUCUAGAAUCGAAAAGAGACAUACAUACCCAAAACUUUUCCACAGUCAUAGUUACCGCGAAAGAGAGGCGUUCAGGAGAAAAAUUUCAUUUAAGAAAAUUGCUAGGACUGUGUAUAUAACUCUAAGGUGGUAUCGGCUACAUAACUUUAGGUUUCGGGAGGAUGAUGACGACAUCUCCCCUUACAUCAAGGGACUUACCUUCCAUGAUUAUGAUAACCAACCAGAUCUCAUGUUUGACAAGUCACAAUACAAAGCCAAAAAGUCUAUUCGAGUACCAGAGGAGACCAAAAGAAUUUUAUCAAAACCCCCCUCACAGCGAACUGAACAAGAGCUCUACUCGGCUCUUCUGACACUACGCAACAUUGAAGCUUUUGCUGCAUAUCCGAACAGAAUGCAAAAAAUGAUUGUUGAAGUAGGACAAUAUGAGAGGUUUGAAGCCAAGCGAAUUGUUGUAAGACAAGGACAUCCGGGUUCUUCGUAUUAUUUCAUGCUUUCUGGUGCUGCUGUUGUCAUGGUUAUGGAAGAUCCAAAUUCAUACGCCCGUCCCAUCAAACAUCUGGAAAAAGGAAUGGACUUUGGUGAAAUUGCCCUGACUCUAAACAUAAGAAGACAGGGCACCAUCAUCACAAAGGAACCCUGUGAACUGAUGAGCAUUGGUCGGAGGGAUUACCAGCGGAUAUUUAUGGCAGGAGGGGUCCGCAGUAUACAGGACCCUGAUCAGGAGAAAUUCCUCAGACAUCUACCAUUCCUCCAUAACUGGCCAAUACACCUGUUACCGGAUGCUGGAGAUAAAACACACUUCCUGUUUUUCAAACGUGGUGCCACAAUCGUCAAGGAAACGAAUCUCUCACAAUGGAUAGUCAUCGUGAAAUCGGGAAGUAUAAGUAUACUCAAACGAUUGAAAAGAGUGAUGCCAUUUGAAUGGAAACAAAAGAAGGAGAUCAAGUUUGUGACGGAGAAAGAAAAGCGGGAUAACUACGCCAAGCGUCUCGUACUCAGACGUCAUAUACUGUCGGAAUUAAAAAUCCCCCUAAAAGGAAACACAGUGGAUGAUGAAGAUAAUCAGUUUGAAGAGUAUCCAGGAAAAUACAAAAUAUUUAUCCACCCAGGCGAGGACCCAAAGCUUGAGGAAUCGGAGGCAACAACACCACUUAUUGAUGGUUUGCCAGAAAUCAAGGAAAAUAAUUCAAAGAAGACAUCUUUUCAAAAUAUUCAAAGAAGACUUUUGCCGAAGUUAUCUGAAGCUUCUGGAGAAGAAAAUGAGGAAGACAAUCCAUUGUUUUCUAAUAUGAAUAAAUCUGAAAGACAUCCUGGGUUUGGAUUACAAAGGGAAGAAACCUCUUUUGAUAUUUUAGCACCAGUGCCAUCAAAAAAGAAAUUACAAGAAAGACAAUCAAAUCGCAGAGAAAGUAUAUUAGAGAAAGAGAGGGAAAUGAUGGGUUUUGAAGAGAAAACAAGGACUGUUCAGGAUGACCUUGAUAAUGUGGUGAAGGAUCCAGAUGAAUUAACGCUAGCAGAUUUGAAUCCAGAAUUUGUUCGAGUACAGACAUUAAUAAAAGGCCAAGUUUUUGGGUUAUCGGACCUGAUACUGGAACAGAAGACAAGCUUUAGUAUCGUUAGUAACGGUGCUGACGUCAUACUCAUAGACCAACAGUUUUACCUCAAACAUGCACCUGAAAAGCUUCUUUCGAAAAUGAGACAAGAGCUUUGUCCGUACCCAACAGAUGACGAUCUACAGACUCGGCUACAACAGAGUGUAGACUGGGACGCCUAUAGAUCGAACACCAUGUCUAACACUUUGAAAUACCUCGAAACUAGAAGACAAUUGCGUCACACACUCAAAGUUUAGCGAAAGUUGUUGAUUCUAAAAUAAAUUUUUUUCUGCUUCUGACUACAACAUCACAUUUGAAAAUGAAACAAGAAACUUGUCACAGUCUAGGAGGAGAUAAACAUUAAUCGGCGAUCUUGUUCAGAGGAAAAAAAAGCCAGAGACUCUUAUUUAUAUUUUUCGAUAUAUUUGGAGCAAGAGUUAUUCCUCGUUGGUCGGCAUAUCUAAAUUCCUUCAUUGUUUGUCAUACUGGUAAAAGAAGCACAUUGUUAUGUAAAGAAUGAUAGGUUUGUAAAAGUUUCAUUUAUUUGUUUUAUCAUUUCAUAU